AUGCCAAUGGGAAGUGAGAGUGACAUGACACAAGCGAUGGAAUUGGCAUUCUUAUGGCCACGGAGUCAAGUCAUAGCUGCCAAAGCCGUUUCGAAAAUUGCUAGUCGAGUUCAUGUUGUUAUAGGAGCUAAUACAUUUGAUAGAGAGAUGGAAACGCAAAUUGCAAGUGCUGGGAUAUUUGCUGCACUCUAUCCGUUGAGUGCAAUGCGUCCAGCGCUAUUUGCUGCGAGAUUUCCAGAUUUAGUGUUAGUACCGACAGAGUUUGCUUUGCGUCAGAUGCUGAAGUUUCGACAGGAGCAACAAGAAAAUAACAGAAGAGGAGCACGCGCUAAUGCGCGGAAUGCUUUGGGACGCACGUCGUCUGCUGACCUCAGUGCUUCCAAUCUUGCAGCUAGUCAUUUCGGUGUGUACCUACUAAAGACCACGGUACCAGACAUUUAUGACCGACACAUUCACAAAAAAUGGGACGAGUUUCUGCAUGUUGUGAUUGUAAACGACGCUGACAAGAAAGACCAGUUCACGGAGGAACUGCUUUCAGCGUGGGUGGCGCACCCGACAUGGCCCAUGCUUCAUGUGCGAUUUCACCGGUCAUUAGCUCUCUGCGGGUCAUUUCAGCGCAUUUUAAGUAGUAUGCUUAAGGACUACGAAGCCGACGAAAACGCAGCAGAGACUGUAGCCGAUUCGGACAAAGCUGUCGGGGAUCGGCUAGAAGGCUUGAAUCACAAGCAGGGAACGAAAUCGUUUAAUCGCAGGCUUAACGUGGACUUGGUGUGUGAAGAAGAAGCUAACACACCUGAGGAAAUUGUUAGACUCAAGAAUAUGAUUGGUAUACACCUUUUUCCUGUGCCGCCUGAGCUAGAGAAAUAUGAGGCAACAGUGCUCGAAAGUUUGGCGGUUGGCGCUAUUACCGUGACGUACGAUACACCGAUUAUGCAGGAAUGGGUACCAGAUAGCAGCGGUCUGCGUGUGGGUACGUUUGACUACGAAGGCCCGGCCGCCUCAGGGUUUGAAAAUGCGGACAUGCUGUCAGAGGUAGACGCUACAGCUCAAGACCUUCCGGGUGGAGAAAACGGUUAUGGUGGUCGAGAAUCGGCCGAUAAUAAUCCAAUUGUCAUGUUGCCAUCCGUGCAUGUGACUUUAAGUGAGAUAGAGCACGCAGUCGAAGAGUUACUAUCACUUGACCGAGUCAGCCGCGUGGCAGCAGGACGAUCGGCUCGUGUGCAUUAUCUACGCAUGCGGACGCACUAUCUGUCAGCUGUAGCGGCACUGGAUGCUGCCGUUUGCGAAGAAGACGGCGAUGAUCUUGCUGCAACUCAGAGUGAGAUUGGGCAGAACAGGCGCAGAAAGGUAGAGGUCGAAACGCUGCGACCUUUUUUGUAUUGA